AUGUAAUACUUGUAGACUUGCUUACACUGUAUAAAGAGGUAUGUAUGUAUUUUUUUAAUGUAAAAUAUGUAUGUAAGCUUGCUUAAAUUAUGGUAACGCUCGCUCGAAAACUAUAUACAUAUUUAAACUAGCUGCUCGACUUCAACUGCGUAUUCCCUCGAACUUAACCCACUCAAUGCGCUAAUUCGCUAGCUUUCUGUUUGCAUUCGCAUUCUUCACCUGCCGGUGAACAGAUCGUGCUGAACGCUCAACGUUUCAAAAUAUAUUUUUUUUUGUACUAGCUUUCAUAGAGUUAGUGUUUUGUAUGUAUGUAGUGUAAUGUUGUAAUAUAUACGCUUGCGCAGCGUUAAUGAAAACGUGCGUGGCGAUUAAAAACGACUUACACGCAAAUUCCUGACAGCAAACGGGCGGUAGUGGUGAUAGUGAACGGUUGAUUGGAUUUAAUUUGUCGCAUACUAAUGAAAUUUAGACAAUUUUAAUAUAAAAAAAUUGUGUAUGUGUAAGAGUUAGAGCACGUGCUAGUCAAAGGAAUUAUUGUUAUUGAAAUGUAAUUAAUGGUAAUGUACAUAUUUAGUGAGUUCUAAAAUUAGCGAAAUUCUUGAGUGAUUGAAAAUGUGAAAAUAUAAUUUGAAACAAAAAAAAAGUAUUUAAAAAAAUAACUCUAUAAAUUAAUAAAGACAUUUAUGAACAUCAGAACAAAUUGGCUGUCAUACCACUCAAACCCACUUUCUUCAACGUGGGUUGCUUUCAAAACUAAUAUAAUAAAAUAUAAAAAAACUAUUAAAAAUAUAUAAAAUCAAAAGCAAAAUAUAGCAAAAAAAAUCAACAACAAAAAACAAAUUUAAUAAUAUAUGUAAUAUAACUACUCAAUUGGAAAUAUGCAAUCCAACAACGCUUCUGCAGCACAAAGCAUUGAAUCAUUGUCUGCCGCCAACAGCAGCAAGGAGGAAUCUACUUUGGAUGCCAUACUCAUACGUUUGGGGGAAUUUGGGCGGUUUCAGAUCGUAAUACUUAUAUUAACUUGCCUGCCAGUGCUAUUUAAUGCCGUAUCGUCGGUCACAUAUAUUUUCACUGCUGGAAAUGUGGCGCACAGGUGUAAUAUCACGGAAUGUGAUGGGCCACAGAGUGCUUACGAUGAGCCAUGGGUUAAAUAUGCCAUACCAAUGAAGAAUAGUGAUCUCAAUCAGUGCCAACGAUAUGCACCCAGAGCAAUUACGAACUGGAGCGUUACAAACGAAGCUGAACAAUAUUGUACGGCAGAUCUUUUUGAUGACGAGGAGACGCAGGAUUGCCCUGACAAUAAUUUCAUAUUUCGCGAUGACGAAGUGACAAUAUCAAAUGACUUCGGCAUCUACUGCAACGAUGAAUGGAAGCUGACGCUCACCGGUACCAUUAACAAUGUGGGACAAUUUAUCGGUAUACCGUUAGGUGGUUUGAUAUCGGAUAAAUACGGUCGGCGUAAUGCACUCGCGCUUGGUGGCGUACUGAGCGCCAUAUUUGGGAUUGUACGCUCAUUUACUACCUCCUAUGUGCCAUUUCUGGUCUUCGAAUUCCUCGACAACGUCGCGAAUAGCUCACUCUAUUCCAUUUGCUUUAUCAUUGGCAUUGAGCUGGUCGGUCCCAGCAAGCGCGUAUUCGCCUGCAGUAUAAUUACGAUCUUCUAUGCCAUUGGCGAGAUGUUCUUAGCCGUGGUCUCUAUGUACUUUCCGAAUUGGCGCAUUAUGCUACGUAUAUUCUACAUACCGGCGUUGGCUGUGAUCUCCUAUUACUGGGUUUUGCCGGAAAGCGUGCGUUGGCUGCUUAGUCAGGAACGUGAAUCAGAAGCUACAGAUAUACUGAAACGUGCCGCGCACAUAAAUAAACGUAGACUAUCUGAUGCAACGUUGGAUAAAUUGAUUUUGGCGAAUCGUGAAAAACUAAGCAGUCAAAGGGGUGGUCGUUUCCCUUUGCGUGAGGCUUUCGGUAAAUUAUUCUUUCGUAUUGCAAACUGUUCGCUAUCUUGGAUAGUGACGGUGCUGGUCUACUAUGGACUCAGUUUGAACUCGGUGCUUUUGGCCGGUAAUAAAUAUUUUAAUUUCAUAUUGAUUGCGUUUGUGGAAAUUCCCGGUUUUUUCCUACCCUGUCUGACGAUGGAUCGAUAUGGUAGAAGAUAUUCGUUAUGCGGUUUUAUGUUGCUCAGUGGUGUAUGCUGUCUGUGUACGGUGUUUUUGGGUUCAGGGAAUUACUAUCUACAGUUGAGCUUGUUUCUAGUGGGUAAGCUCGCCAUCACCGCAGCGUUCCAAGUUUUAUACUUUUUCACUUCGGAGAUAUUUCCAACGAACUUGCGUAGCAGCUUGUUGUCUUUCUGCUCGAUGGUUGGCCGUUUUGGUUCAAUGGUAGCGCCACAGACGCCUUUGUUGGCUAAAUAUUAUGAGAAUGCGCCCGCCAUAUUAUUUGCAGUUUGCGCUCUAGUCAGUGGUUGCUUGUCGCUGCUCUUUCCGGAAACCUCAAAUACAAUUUUACCGACGACAGUGCACGAAGCGGAUACAAUUGGCAAUAAGAAAACAUCGAGCAAUCCAAACAGCAGCACAUUUAAUUUAGAGAAUGAAAGUACUUAUAUGUAAUUAGUUAUUUAACAAUAAUAUUAAUUUAGUAAUUUUAAAAGAAAACUUAAAAAAUUACAGUAUUGCUUAGAUAGUUAGGUAACAUUUGUAAUUUUAAAAUUAUUUCUAUUAAAAACAGAAUUUUUUUGAGUUCAGAUGAACUCAGUUAUAAAUGCUUUCAAACUAACUAUGUCGACCAGUUGCAAACCAACAUUUGUCAAUUUGGCGAGACAAGUUGGGCUGUACUGGAAAAAGUAAUGCAAAUUGUGAGAACAACGGUAUGAAAUAAAAAAUAAUUACAAACUGAAAGGGUGAUCUUCAAAA